UUAAGCAACCAGAAGCUCCUGAGGAACUAAUGGGUCAGAGCAAAUUCUGACUUAACACUAAUUCCUUCCUGCUGAGGUCUUCAAAUGAUCGCUGAUGAAGACAUAACCAUAAAGGGGUUCAGAGAAGGUAUCUGGGCAGCUCCAUACACAGCAAUCCAACAUGUCACUGGCUGUUCAUACAGAUUAACCUAUCUAAUUUGUUCCCAGGUUUGAAUCAUGUGAUUGCAUAUUGAUAUCCAGGGUGUAAUCCUACCUCAUGCCCAGUGCUCUUAUGAUAAACUCCAGAUCCACCAUCAUCCUGAUGCGAAUAAAUUGCUCACUGAUAGUGAGUUCUGAGUUUUUACAGUUUCACACAUUUGAAUUCUGUGCUAACUCUAGACACAGAAACCUGAAACAAAAUAUAUGUGCUUGAAGGCAAUAACAUGAGGGGAGGGGUUUUGGAUAAGGUGUGUGUGUGUGUGUGUGUGUGUGUGUGUGUGUGUGUGUGUGUGUGUGUGUGUGUGUGUGUGUGUGUGUGUGUGUGUGUGUGUGUGUGUGUGUGUGUGUGUGUGUGUGGUUGUGUGUGUUGGUGAGUGGGUAGGGGUGUAAAUGAUGACUUUAAGUGUCUAUACAGCCGUGAAACUAGUCAUUCAAGGCAGUUGAGACUGUACAGAGUGAAGUGUGUGACACGCUGAUAAUAAUGAAGAUAGCAUUGUUGAUGUUGCUCAUGAUUUUAAACCUCCCGUCUUUAAAACUGAUCAAAUGCACUGAAGUGUUCGCUCCUGGGAAUAUCAUCAUUGGGGGGCUUUUUCCCAUCCACACCACAGUAGAGCAGCUAGGUAACUUCUAUGAUCUCGAGGCUCCCUGCAACAUUCUGAGUCCAGCCGGUCUGGCUCAUUCUCUGGCCAUGAUCCACGCAGUGGAAACUGCAAAUAUCUCACCUGAGUUAACAUACCUGGGCAUAACUCUUGGGUAUCACAUCCACGACACAUGUUCAGACGUCACCACCACGCUCAGAGCCGUCAAGGAUUUUACUGACGACUGCAUGCCGAGAAGAAACACAUCCCGAUAUGUCCGGCCUGUGAAAGCAGUGAUUGGCGCCUACAAUUCUGAGAUGUCUAUCGCUGUGGCAAGAAUGCUCAACCUGCAGCUCAUACCUCAGAUCAGUUAUGCUUCCACAGCAGACAUUUUGAGUGAUAAGAGUCGUUUCCCAGCAUUUUUACGCACCGUCCCAAGCGAUGUGCAUCAGACGAGCGCCAUGGUUCAGCUCCUGAGUGAGAGGAAGUGGACAUGGGUUGGUUUCCUGACCACUGACGGAGACUACGGACGCGCUGCUUUAGACAGUUUCAUUUCUCAGGCAACUAACUCCGGCAUCUGUGUGGCCUUUACAGAAAUCCUACCUGACUCUCUGAGUAAUACUCGCAAGCUGGAAGCCAAAAUCUCUCACACUGUUCACACCAUCCAAACAAACCCAAAAGCGAAGGUCAUUGUAUCAUUUGCCAAACCAGAACACAUGAAGAGGGUGUUCAGUUUGCUGAUGGAGCUCAGCACAGACCAGAGGCUCUGGAUUGCGAGUGAUAACUGGUCUAUGGCAGAAGAUGUACUCAGUCCUGAGCAACUGGAACGUGUUGGAUGGGUGCUGGGCUUUUCUUUCAAAAACAAAUACAUCACAAACUUUGAGGAAUAUGUACAUCGUUUAGAACUGAACAGCGAUGCUCAGAGCAACAACUCAUUUCUCAAAGAGUUUUAUUCCUCUCUUGCAACCUCAGUGAACGUGAGUGAGGCAAAUGUUUCCACCGCUACAGAUAAGCUGAUAGCAAGUGCUCAGGUAGGUGUGGUGUUCAGCAUUCAGAUGGCGGUGAAUGCGAUCGCUCAGGCAGCGGCGUUCAUCUGCAAAAACGUCGACUGCAUGGCUUCAGAAGCUAUAAAACAUCAGGAGCUGCUGUCUGUGUUGAGGACCAGAAGCUUCGAGUUGGAUGGAGUCUCAUAUGAGUUUAACGAGGAUGGAGAUAUUAACCUCGGCUAUGACGUCUCUCUGUGGAACUCUAAUGGAAUAAAAGUGGAGACGUUGAAUGUCAUAUCUCACUAUCAGCCAUCGGACAGAAGCCUGAACACCACUGAAUUAACACUGAGUUUGGUGUCUAAAUGCUCAAAGAGUUGUGAACCAGGUCAAUUUAAAAAAAGUGUUGACGGUCAACACACCUGCUGUUAUGAGUGCAUCAACUGUGCACAGAAUCAAUACACCAACAACACAGACAUGGAUCAGUGCUACAGCUGUGAUGAGGACAGCGAGUGGUCUGAGUCUGGCAGUUCAGCAUGUAAUGAGAAGAGGGUGGAGUUUUUCUCCUGGAGUGACCCCUUUGCGAUGGUGCUGCUCUCUCUCUCAGUUCUUGGUGUGGUUGUGGUUUUUGCUGUAUCCGUUGUUUUCUUGCUGCACAGAGAUUCUCCAGUGGUGAAGGCAGCUGGCGGCUCAUUGUGUCAGCUGAUCCUUCUGUCUCUGAGUGGAAGCUUUGUGAGUGCCAUGCUAUUUGUGGGAAAGCCAACAGCUUUGCAGUGUAAAGUGCGUCAGGUUCUUUAUGGCCUCAGUUUCACUGUGUGUGUGUCCUGCAUCCUCGUCAAGUCUCUGAAGAUCUUGCUGGCAUUCCACAUGAACCUGCUGCUAAAGCAACUGCUCUAUCGCCUCUAUAAGCCGUACGCCAUCGUGAGCAUGUGUGUGGCAUUGCAGGUUGUGACCUGUGCAUGCUGGCUGAUCCUGAAAAGCCCUGAAUCAACAUCUACUGUGUUCCUCAGGAGUGUCCUACAGGAGUGUGAUGAGGGCUCGUAUGUGGCUUUUGGGGUGAUGCUUGGCUACAUUGCAUUACUGGCUCUAGUGUGCUUUGCCUUUGCUUUCCAAGGACGCAAACUUCCACAUAAAUACAAUGAAGCAAAAUUUAUUACCUUUGGUAUGCUCAUCUACCUCAUUGCAUGGAUUAUUUUCAUCCCAACAUACGUCAACACAAAAGGGAAAUACCUCCCGGCCGUGGAGAUGAUCGUCAUCCUGAUAUCCUGCUACGCUAUACUGAGCUGCCACUUCUUCCCCAAGUGUUACAUCAUCUUAUUCAGGAAGACACAAAACACCAGAGACGCCUUCGUUAGGAGCAUUUACGAAUAUUCCAAAAAGACCGUGGGAAAUAUACAUCCACCCCAAACUGAGAAAUAUGCACCAUAUGCCAUGUCCAACCCAAGUUUUGUUCCUAAAGAAUGACAGAAUAAGAAUCACACCCAUAUCAGCAAAUAUACAAAAUUCACACAAUGUCAUGCUUCUAUUUUUGAGUUUAUUUUUAUUUAUUUAUAUUUUACAUCAGACAAAUCAGGGAGUUGAGCACUUAUAUAGGAGUGAGGGAAAAGAGAUUGAUAAAAAAAAUCUUGAUUAAAGGCUAAUACAUAUUUAUAGAGUUUAUACUUUUU